AUGAGAUUCGCUGCUGUUGCCACUCUCGCCUUCGUCGGCGCUGUCGCUGCCCAGAACUCGACCACUGCUGCCACUGGCUGUGUUGCCAAGGACAAUGCUUGCCGUACCACUCGCAUGCCCGAUGGCUCUUCUGCCAACCAGGCCCAAUGCUCUGCCAACAAUGCUCAAUGCCAGGGCGACUGCUACUCUGCCUACAACACCUGCAGAACCACUCCCGUCGAUGGUCUCUCCGCCAACCAGGCCCAAUGUGUCUCUGAAUACGCUACCUGCCUCGGCGAGAACCCCGUCGCUGCCUCUGGCGGUUUGAUCUCUUCUUUCAUCCCCUACUCGGCCACUGCCACUGUCAGCGCUUCUUCUACUGCCUCUGCCUCGGCCAGCGCUUCUGCCGCCAACUGCGUUGCUAAGGACAACGCCUGCCGUGCCAGCGACCCCGUCACCGGUCUUUCUGCCAACCAGGCUCAGUGUUCUGCUGAGAACGCUCAGUGCCAGGGUGAUUGCUACGCUGCCCUUGGCAAGUGCCAGACCACUCGCAUGCCUGACGGUUCUUCUGCCAACCAGGCCCAGUGUGUCUCUGAAUACGCCACUUGCCUCGGCGAGAACCCUGUUGCCUCCACCGGUGGCAUCAUCUCCUCGUUCAUUCCUUACACCGCUACUGCCUCUGCCUCUGCUUCCAGCAUGGUCUACAUGACUGAGGUCGUUACNUGCGUGAGUAUCCUCCUUUAUGUCCCGACAUUUCUGAUGGGUAUCAUGCUAAUCUCGCAAAACAGACUCACCACCGUAUGCCCUGCCCCCACCGCUGGCGCCUACGUCACCACCAUCCACAGCAACGUCUACACCGUCUCCUCGGCCACCACCAUCACCGUCACCAACUGCCCUUGCACCGUCUCGAGCAAGGUCCCCGCUGCUUCCGUCACCGGCGGUGCUCAAGGCGGUAUGAUGACCUCUGCUGGCAACGGCAACAAGAACGGCACCGCCACUGCCACUCAGAGCAAGCCUGCUGUUUACACUGGCGCUGCUGCCAACGUUGCUGCUGGUAUGGGUUUCCUUGGUGCCGCUGCUGGUGCCGUUAUGCUUUUGUAA